AUUAGAUGGAAUGGACUGCGCUAGCGAGAGUCCAUUCUAUCCGUUGUAUGAAAGAGACCCAACGUGUUCAGUUGAAUUAGUUACCAGACUUGCGACAAUCUUUUACCACGUAGAAGCAACUUUACCCCAGAAUUACGACAGCGAAUGAUCAACACUCAUCACGCCGCAGAAACAAGGCAAGAAAGACACCGAUAACAGAACAAACUGCCAAAUUAUCGGGUAGGAGACGGAGUUUUUGUAAGAGAAGUAGUCGUCUCGCAGAGAAUAAAACUAAAAUUAGCACUUCGAUAGUCAGGAAUGUAUCGUAUAACAGAAGUACCAAGUCUCGUUAAUUAUCAAAUAUAAAGUCUUAACAUAAAAAAGAAGUUACGCGUUCAAGUAGACCGAAUAAAACCCGCAAUCGCUAAAAAUGAGUUUGAACUUGGCAACGAAAUAACGGUAGACCAAAAAGAUGUAUUACGGGGAGACAAUAGACCCUUGGGACAAAUUUAUCUUCACUUCUAUAACCACUCCUCAAUUGGAAGAACAACCAGAACAGGAAAACAAUGUGGAAAGUGAUAUGGAAAUAGAAACUGAUAGCUGGAAUAAAACCUGUCUAUGGCGGACAACUUGUUGUGACGGACAACAACCUGGAUUGGCGGACACUAACCUUUUUUUAAAUGGGGUCUUCACCUGAUAAUUCUUUGCAGGAGAAAGGGACUCGCGAUUUGACAAUUUUGCAAGGCCUCAAGAAUUUGAAGCCUCGUACUUAGAGGGUCAACUUUACUAUAUUUGCUAAAUUUAAUCCUCCCCGUUUUUUCGCUGAGAUUACUAAAACUAAGACAGGUUAGAUAAAAUGAUUUUUAUGAUAGACUCUUCUCUUCUUAAUUGAUUUGUCUCAUGCAAUUUAUUGUGUAAACUUCUACACUGCUCACCUGAGAUUCGUCACAAAAAUAAACGCCAAUUUCCUAUUGCUUUUUUCCUGAUUGCUGGUUGUAAGGACCGAACCCAACGGAGUCAGCGCCUUACAAAUUAUAUCUGCACUUUUCAAGUCGUGUACAUUUUGAAGAUCGGCUGUGUAACAAGGUUGUCGAUUGUUUCUUUACUAAUGUAAGUUUGCCGACGUUGAGGGGGAAAAAGUCUAUCUCACGUCAGAAUGAGCCGAAAGGAGGAUGCACACGCGGCGCGGCAAGGAAAAGCGGUGUCGCAAACGCGUCUUCGCCGCGCGGCAGCACGACCACACAAGCGGCAAACGCAAAUCUCUCUACAUUUCGGCGCAAGCGCAAAAUAUUCAAGAUGGCGGGUGAUUCUAAUUCUGCUGCUCUUCUUAUGUUUACAAAUUUCGUUUUGUAUACUUCACUUUAUGUCUCUAGAAGACGUCGACAAAGAAGAUUUGACCGGAGAUUUUGGAUCAGAGAGAUUUUCUUAGAUCGAGAGAGAACUGGUGUACAAAAUGCACUUAUUCCUCGUCUAAGAUCUUUCGACAAAGAAUAUUACUUCGAUUUCCUCAGGAUGUCUCCCGAAAAGUUUGACGAACUAUUAAAUAAACUUGGACCGAAGAUAACUAGGCAAAAUACCAGAUGGAGAGACGCAAUACCUGCGAGUGAUAGACUUGCUGUAACAUUGAGAUAUUUGGCAUCAGGAGAAACGUUUCGAAGCCUUUCCUAUUCCUUUAGAAUGGGAAGAUCAACUGUGGGAAAAAUUGUAAAAGAAACUUGCACGGGUAUUUGGGAAGAAUUAUCUAAAGAUUUUGUACAUUUUCCCACAACUCCAGAAGAAUGGAUAAAUAUUGCUUCUGGUUUUGAACAGAAAUGGCAAUUUCCCCAUUGCUUAGGUGCAAUUGACGGGAAACAUGUUAUUAUAGAAUGCCCGUUUAACACAGGAAGCUUAAACUUUAAUUAUAAAAAUAGCUUUAGUAAAGUUUUAUUAGCAGCCUGUGAUGCACACUAUCGGUUUAUCUUUGUGGACAUCGGAAGCUAUGGUAGUGAGAGUGAUGGGGGAAUUUUUUCUAGGUCAAGAUUUGGCCAAGGUUUAUGCCAAAAUGAAUUUCACUUACCAGAGCCUAUGAGAUUGUCAAAUGGUGUUGAACUUCCUUACUUUUUUGUGGGUGAUGAAGCCUUUCCAUUAACAACAUACCUUAUGAGGCCUUACCCACGAAAAAAUAAAAAUUUAAUGUGGAAACAGAAAAUUUUUAAUUACCGUCUUUCUAGAGCCAGACGAGUGAUUGAAAAUUCGUUUGGAAUUUUAAGUAGUAGAUGGAGAAUUUAUAGGCGACCAAUUAAAUUAAGUGAGGAGAACAUUGACAAUGUUAUAAAAGCGACAGUAUGCUUGCAUAAUUAUUUGCUGACAGGACCAACCAGAAAUGAAUAUUGUCCUGUUGGAUUAACCGAUGCAGAAGAUUGGCAAGGUAGAGUUGUAUCAGGCCAAUGGAGAAGUGAAAAUGAAGGAAGUAAUGGGCUUGGUAAGAUCAAUAGACUUGGUGCAAACCAUUACUCUCAAAAGUCAAAUGACAUUAGAAAAUAUUUAACAGAAUAUUUUGUAAAUGAUGGAGCACUGCCCUGGCAGAAUACUGUCAUAAAUUAAAUUUUCUGUUAUAAAAAGUAUAUUCAUUUUAAAUAAAAUUUUUAAUGAUAUUUGCAAAAGUGAGUUGUUUUUGAAUAUUGUAGAUUUUGAUUUUCAUAUAAGAUAUUUGCUAUAUAGAAAUUUUAAGAUUAUAUAUCUAAAUAAUUUUGCAUUUUAUAACUGCAAAUAGGAUGUUAUCUGUAAUAAUUAUAUAUAGAUUCCAUUAACUACUUUAUAAAUAAAAUUUGACCGAUCGUUACAACCAAUCAAAAAUGAUAUGAUAUGAUAUCAUAGACUGUAUACAAGCUUUAUAUAUUUUAUCAACUGUCAUUCUAUUGAAAAACAUACAACAACAAAGUGAACUUAGAAAACAUACUUUUUAUU